AUGUUUGAAACUUUCCUUUUAACCGUUCUUUGUUCAACAUUAAGUUUAGCUGAUUAUAAUUAUACAACGCCUGGUUGGUGUAAAAAUGACAAUUCUAUUUAUUAUGAUUAUAACAAGGGAGUAUGUACAUUAAGAGGAUGGAAUAUUAUAUCAAAUGACGAUUCAAGUGUACAACAAGACAACAUUACUUUUACAUUACAAGCCGAUUCUGUGAUGGUUUUCAAUAGUGCAUCACUAAAAAGUGAUGCUAUUUACUUGUAUACAAGGCAUUUUAAAUUUGAUAACGGAAACAAGAUGAAUUCCCUGUUGUUUGUGAAUCGAGACAAACCUGAACAAAAUAUCAUUCACGACACAAACCGUCCAAAUGGACUGUAUAUUGGAAUUGGGUGUUAUGAUUGGGUCACUCCCAAAAAUGUUGCGUGCCGAACAACUGCAUAUGAAAAUGCACGAACAAUUGUAGAUAUUCAUUAUAAUGGGGUGUUAUUAUACUCAGAUAUCAAUGAAAAGUUUAUAUUAAACAUAUGGAGAUAUUCAAAUCAAACGAAUCCCGUCCAAUUGUACAUUGAAGGUGAUGUAUCACAAGACGUCACCGUUCAAUUAAAAAACUUCCCAUCACGAAAUGAUUAUAAUAAAGCGAAUUAUAUUUUUACUGGCAAAAACAUUUACAAUAUAAAUUUAUUGAAUGGAAGUAACCAAUACAUAACGAGAGCUUGUACCAGAAAUGCUAUAUCUCGAUUCAUUUUAUUGUCUUCAAAUAAUCCAGUCAUUGAUUGUGAUUGUAUCCCUGACAACGCAACUGUUGCAACGGCAUUCAACUACCCCGAUUGUCAAUAUAACAACUCCUAUUUUGUUAUUAAUUUAUCAAAACUCGAAGCAACAAAUAAUAUUGUUACAACAAUUUUCGAACAAUCAAUUUGGUACUCAUUAUAUGUGAAUGUUCGAAUACAAUAUUUAAUCACUUCAACCAACGACACACUGUCUUUCAAUAUAAUUACUGUUAGAGAAAACACAAACGUUCUCUUUAACACAAUGGUACAAACAGACACAAUCGAAAUCACUGGGAGUGCAAACUUCACAUUUGCGAAGGGGGUCGAUGUUACAACAAUUAUAAUAACAAAUAACACUGCUGAUAAAUUUGUGUUGUUUUAUGUACAUGAGGAGUUCACAAUUCCUGAUGGUGUGGAUAGGUGUGGAUAUCGUGUCAUAAAGAGUGAUACUCCAAAUAGAUCCACAUUAUGUAGUUGUACAUUCGAUUCAAAUGGAUAUGAUUCUUUUGACUGUUCUUUGAACAUAUACAAAAGUGGCAUGUAUCUCACGAUCGACAGCACUAAUUACAGAACAGUCACACAAGAGACUUGGAUUGAUAUCAUUCAAAAUCAAGAAUUAACAAUUCCACAAGGAACUUCUUUAUUGGCAACACAUUGUACCUUCCCUUAUAAAAUGGAUGUGUUUGGAAAUAUAAAUUGCUUGUUUGUGAGUUUAAGUGAAUUGAGUAAUGUCACUCUGAAAAAUGGGUCCUCUUUUAAUGUUAAUUCAUUAACAUUUACUAAAACGAGUGAAUUUAUUAACGAGAAUGGUAUUAUUAAAAUUGAAAGUGGUAGUCUUUUUGAUACUAAAAGUUCAACAAUUACAAUUGAAUAUUUCAACGAUGUUUGUGUUGAUUUGAUCUCUUUCAAAGAACAGAAAAUGAUAUCAUUUACACAUGGAAAUUAUUACAACAACAAACUUCUUCGUGUGUGUGGCGGAACUGACACAAACAAAAUUAUUUGUAAGAUGAGUGGAGAAAAGAUUUCUGAAUCUUCUAGUUUUAUAUAUCCAAUGCACUGCCCAAUAUACACCAACUCAAGUUUGUUCAAGGUUGAAUCUGAAAAACUGACUAUCGACAGAGCGUAUAACGGUUACUUUGAGUUGGAGACACCAAUACUUAGUUUGAGCAACAAGAUGAAUAAUCAAAACAUUCAAAUAAUGGAUAACUCGCUCAUAACAAAAAGUGUUUUACAUUUUACUGAUGACUCUUUGGAAACAACAAUAGAUACUUUGGAUUACAAAGAAAAAUUACUUAUAAGUAACAAAUUCAAGUUUGGGGAUACAUCUAAGAAUACACAAUUAGACAAAUCCAAUCAUCGUAUAAAAAGUGCUACACAAGUUAUUUCUGUUUCAGAAAGCAACAUAUGUAAAGCUUAUUAUUUGAUAAAUAAAGACGGUAUUUCAACCAAGCAAUGUCUUAUUUGUGAUGAAUUGUUGUAUAAUGGAAAUUGUUAUCAUAGAGAAGAGUGUAUAACAACAACUAAUAUGAGUAUAUGCGAAGAAUGUCAACCGACAUAUGAAGUAGUCAAAAGUGGAUGCUUAAGUUGUCGAUCAAAAUGUCGGAGAUGUGUGAGUGGAACAUGUAUUCAAUGUAUGGAUGGUUAUGGGUUCAAUGAAACGAAUGAAUGUCUUUUAAAUGGUGAUAACAUAGAGAAUUUCAACAAUAAAGUGUUGUACUGUAAACCGACGUUCUAUUUUAAGAAGACAAAGUGUGACUAUUGUGGAGACAAUUGUGCUUCUUGUUAUUAUGACAUGAUCAUUGACAAACCCAUUUGCACAAUAUGUACAUCACCAUUUGUUUUGGAAAAUGACACAUGUAUACUUGAAAAUGUGGGGGGUGUCGACAUAAUACGAAAUACACAAAUCACUUCAUGUAAAAGAGGGUUUUACAUUUUAGAUGGCAAAUGCAUAGGUUGUCAUUCUUUUGGAGAGUCGUGCAAAUACUGCAAUUCAAAACAAUGUCUUCAAUGUGUUGGUGGAAAUGUCGAUGCAGAAGGAAAAUGUCAAACAACUGAAAUAUCGAAGUGUGUUCCAUCAACAAACACAUAUUGUACAAAAUGUGUAUCAACAAAAGAUUACAUAUCAAAUUCAAAAUGUGUUGAAAAUGAACUCAAUUGUUCGGUUGUGAAAUUUGAUGGUUCAAAAUGUGACAUAUGUUCCAACUCACUUUUGCUCUUAAAUGGUAAAUGCAUUAAAAGAGUUGAUAACUCGACGGAGUGUGAUUUCUGGAGAGAAACAGAAGAUGUUUGUCUUCGGUGCGAACUUGGUAAAUAUUAUGAACCCACCAGUUUGUCGUGUGAUAACUGUAGUACCAAUUGUUUAAACUGUUUCAACUCAACCAAGUGUCUUGGCUGUGAAGAAGGUUAUUUAUUAGCGAAUGGUUCAUGUACUAUUUAUGAAGCCGUAAGUAGUCAUUGUAUCAAAGUAGUUCCAUUGUCCUCGUUUUGUGCGAUAUGUGAAGGUAUGUAUUACAGAACCAACGAAGGAGUAUGCGAAAAGUGUAUAUCCAAUUGUGAUGAAUGUAUUUCGGGUGAUAGAUGUACCAUUUGUGGUACAAACUUUUACUUACUUUCAAAUGCCACAAAAUGUGUUUCAUUUGACGCUUUAACAAAUUGUGAUAUAAAGACGUCUCGUGGGUGUUCAUAUUGUUCAUCUGGUUAUUAUCUGGAAGAACAAACAUGUUUCAAAUGUGACCAAAAAACAACUUUUUGUGAGAAGUGUUCCCAGAGUGGUCGUUGUAAUUUAUGUGUCCAAAACUACAUAUUAAAAAAUGAUGAAUGUGUUUCCAAAAUUGAUGUUGAUAAUUGUGUUGAGGUAUCCAAUUCAAAAUGUGUAAAAUGUACUUUUUGGCACGUUCCGACUGAUGAAGGUACUGGGUGCAAAACACAUGUGGUGUGGUGGGUGUUAUUUAUUGUGAUUGUGAUUUUCCUCAUUUUUAUUCUAUUGAUCAUUUUUGCCAUUUUUAGACUGAAUUUACUGAUCAUCAAGAUGCGGCGAAAUGCAAAACUACGAAAACAAUUUUCAAUAUUUGACAUGAAACACUCGAACAUCCAAUUUGUGAGUACAAACACGAAAGGAGUUGUUGUCAGCGAGAAGGUUUUGUUAUUUGAAACUUCUUUAGACAAGCCUGAAAUACCAGUAGAAGUUGAAAGUCGUGAAUUGAUAUGUGUUGGCAACACCUCCAAAAGUUCCAUCAAAGUGCAGUUUAGUAUGAAAGACGAUUGCGAGAAAUAUUCAAUGCGGACCGUCCCACAGAUUAUGACAAUCCCAAAGGGGAAAGCACUUGAAUUUGAAGUAUUUUUAACUCCGCACUGUGGAGGCACAAUUGAAGAUAAAAUCAUUUUAAUUUCAGUUUGUAUGAAAAAUGGUGUAACUUCACAAGUUGAAAUACAAAUCAAGGGUGAAACAGAGAUAUCCACUCGAAUUGAUGAAGAUGAGUUAAUAGAAGAGAAGAAGAUAGGGCAAGGCAGUUUUGGAAUUGUGUAUAAAGGGGUGUUUCGAGGCAAUCAGGUUGCAAUCAAGAAGAUGAAAAGUGUGACGGAAGGGGUUGAAGAUUUUGAGAAGGAAGUUGCGAUGCUUGAAAAGUUUCGAAGUGAUUAUAUCGUUCACUUUUAUGGAGCUGUCAUGCUUAAGAAAAAAAGAUGUUUAGUCACAGAAUUUGCUCCUUUUGGCAGUCUUGAGGAUUUGAUUGAAAAGACCACGGACUGUAGUCCAGUCGAAAUGUCUAUGAGAGACAAAUUCAUGUUGGACGCUGCUCAAGGUAUUCUAUACUUACACUCCAAUGGUAUUAUCCAUAGAGAUAUCAAACCAGAUAAUAUUCUGAUAAUGUCACUCGAUCAAAACAACAAAGUAAAUGCUAAAUUGACUGAUUUUGGAUCGUCGAGAAACAUCAAUAUGUUGAUGACUAACAUGACUUUCACUAAAGGAAUAGGAACACCUAAAUUCAUGGCACCCGAAGUUUUGAAUAAACAGAAAUACAAGAAAGAGGCAGAUAUUUUCUCUUUCGGAGUUACAUUGUUUGAAUGUUAUAAAUGGGGAGAAGCAUACCCUAAAAAUGAAUUUAAAUACGCAUGGAAUGUUGUGGAAUUUAUAAUGAGCGGGAAAAGACUUGCAAAACAUGUUGAAAUGAAUGAUGAGAGAUAUGGUAUCAUCUCAAAGUGUUGGGAAACAAUACCAAAUGAGAGAUUAACGGCUCAACAAGUUGUGGACAUGUUGAGUGUUCAUGUUAAAUAA